UCUCGGAUAUGCUCCUAAACCUCAUUUGUUCUCUCUCCCCUUCCCUCUCCCCACCCUCCUCUCUAUGUUAAAUCCAUACACAAACUAGUAUAUAAAAUAACACCCUCCACAGUCACCCCCCACCCCCCUCUCUCUCUCUCACUCUCUCUCUUCCGUCCUCUCUAUAUUAAAACCAUACACAAACUUGUUUACAUACUUACCUAGAGUCCUCUCUAUAUUAAAACCAUUGCACAAACUUGUUUAUAAACUAGCCUCUCUCUUUUACAGGGAAAAGAAAAACUGGUACCGAUCCCCACCCCACCCCCUCUCUCUCAGACAUCUAGUUCAUAUGGGAUACAGUCUUUUCCUUUUUCCCUACGGGGGGCUUAGAGCUCUUCCAACAAAGGGGAAACUGGUGCAACGGACGGAGUCAGGCCACCCGGUGCCGGCCCUCAAGCUGAAACCACCUUCUUCGGUCGUCGCAGUGAUGGUUGAGCCCAAGAAGGUGGUUGGUGGAGCGGCACCAGUGGAGGAGAAGACAGUCUACAAAGACAAUUGGUUCGACCGUCUCGCCAUCCACCACCUAUCGGAGAUGCUCCAAGUAACCACAGGGAUGAGGAACAAGAAGAAAGGGUAUGAAAGUCUAGUGGAGGCGGCAAGCAUGGUCAUGAGGAGCUAUGAUGCCAAGAGACAGCAGGAGCUGGUGAUCCAAGCACUCAACAAGGCCUUUCCGGGGUUCAUGCUAAAAAUGAUAAAGUUUGUAUUGCCAUCAUCAAAAUUUUCAAGGGAAUACUUCGCUACAUUCACUACAAUAUUUUUCUCUUGGCUAGUUGGACGAUGUGAGGUGAGGGAAUCAGAAGUCCAAGGAAAAAUAGAGAAGAGUGUAGUCUACAUCUAUAAAUGCAGGUUGUUGGAGAGCACCAAUUGUGUAGGGAUGUGUACAAACCUAUGCAAGAUUCCAUCUCAGAGGUUCAUCAAAGAUUCACUUGGGAUGCCUAUCAACAUGGUUCCAAAUUUUGAAGAUAUGAGCUGUGAGAUGAUCUUUGGCCAGAAUCCUCCAGAAGAUGAUCCAGCACUGAAGCAACCUUGCUACCGUACAUCAUGCAUAGCAAAGCAAACACAUGGUGUGAAAUGUUCCAGUUAAUCUGUUCUGGAUGGGUUAUGAUGCACCAGGAUUAUGUAUGAGCAAGAAAUGAUAAAGAUAUUGAAAUGACCAAUGCCAUUAGGGCAAAAUGCAAUUAAUUUUAGUUAAUUGUUUUAAUAGGCAGAUAUUGGUCAACAGCAGUUGUGAUGUAUAAUUACUGACUUCUUAUUGUCAGCACAAGGCCUAAGAGCAUCUUUCCCAGAUAAACCACCUUUGCCACCCAAAGUUAGUGAAGAAGUUCCUUCACGCUACUAAAACAGUCAUGUGAUGCAGAGAUGCACUUCAAUGCAGACACACACCUCCAUAAGCAUGCAUGCAUGCAUGCAUGACUCUGUGCAGGAUCGGAAGAAUAUAAGA